AUGGGCUACAAAUAUCUUUUCGCAGCAUUUUGUUUGUGGGCUGUAAUUGUACCUCUUCUUCCUACUUCAUCCCAUGGCCUGGUGAGAAUUGGGCUGAAGAAGCGGCGCCUCGAUGUUUGGAGCAUCAAUGCUGCUAGAACUGCAAGACAAGAGGGAUUUUUGAAAUAUGGUACAAAGGGCUUGAAUAUGCACAGUGGAGGAGAAGACAUGGUGCCCCUGAAGAAUUAUUUGGAUGCACAAUAUUAUGGAGAGGUCGGCAUCGGCUCGCCCCCACAGCAAUUUACUGUUAUAUUUGAUACUGGCAGUUCAAAUCUCUGGGUUCCAUCAGCGAAAUGUUUCUUCUCGAUUGCUUGCUAUUUCCAUUCCAAAUACAAGGCCAGCCGUUCUAGUACAUACAAAAAGAAUGGAAAAACUUGUGACAUAAACUAUGGAUCUGGAUCGGUUGCUGGUUUUCUGAGUCAGGAUAAUGUUGAAGUUGGCAAUCUCAUUGUAAAAGAUCAAGUUUUCAUUGAGGCCACACGAGAAGGAAGUCUUUCUUUUGUAUUGGCGAAGUUCGAUGGAAUCCUUGGGCUUGGCUUCCAGGAGAUCUCUGUUGGGAAUGUCACCCCUGUCUGGUACAAUAUGAUGCAGCAAGGUCUGGUGGAUGACGACGUAUUCUCCUUCUGGUUGAACCGUGAUCCAGAUGCAAAAGAGGGAGGUGAGAUUGUGUUUGGUGGCGUUGACGAAAGACACUUCAAGGGGAAGCAUGUAUAUGUUCCAGUUACACAGAAGGGUUACUGGCAGUUCAAUAUGGGCGAUAUUCUCAUUGCCAACCAGUCAACGGGUGUAUGCAGUGGUGGCUGUGCAGCUAUUGUAGAUUCUGGAACUUCCUUGCUUGCUGGUCCAACAUCUGUGGUCACUGAAAUCAACCAUGCUAUUGGGGCCGAAGGAGUUGUGAGCACCGAGUGCAAGGAGGUCGUGACUCAGUAUGGAGAUUUGAUAUGGGAUCUCUUGAUUGCUGGCGUGAAACCCGACAAAAUCUGUUCCCAGAUCGGUUUAUGCAUUUUCAACGGGACACGACAUGUAAGCCCAGGAAUCAAAACAGUGGUCGAUAAGGCAAAUGAGAAAUCAGGCGAUGAUGUUGUUUGCACUGCCUGCGAGCUGACUGUUAUAUGGGUCCAGAAUCAACUAAAACAGACGAGAACAAAAGAUAGAGUGCUCAACUAUGUGACACAGCUUUGUGAAAGCAUACCAAGUCCAAUGGGUGAAUCGGUGGUUGACUGCGAUAACAUCGCAUACAUGCCAGACUUGACUUUCACCAUCGGGGAGAAACCUUUCACACUCACCCCUGAGCAGUAUGUUUUGAAAACUGGGGAUGGAAUUAAUACUAUCUGCAUCAGUGGGUUCAUGGCUUUCGACAUGCCACCACCUCGUGGUCCUCUUUGGAUUCUCGGCGAUGUAUUCAUGGGGGUCUAUCACACGGUGUUUGAUUUCGGCAAUCUCGAGCUGGGUUUUGCGGAAGCUGCCUAACAAGCUUCUCUUAUCUCCAAAAUCAUGUGCUUGAAAUCUUGUUCAGAACCUUGUCGGUUUGAGGACUGUAGAGAUUAUUGUACCAUAUUAUCCCUAAUCAAGACAAUCUUGAAGUCAUGAGAUAGUUCGACUGUCCUCAUGCUUUUGUAAUAUCUGUAGGGUGUAAUCAUAGCUGUGUGGUUUUAAUAUGUUAUGUGUAGAAAUGAAAUGAAAUGUGUGAGUUCUUUCCUAUU